GAGGCAAGGCGGCCCCGCCCGCUUAGGCUCUGCGCAUGCGAACCCCGCCGUGGGGGUUAGGAGGGGGCUCACGGACCCCGCCCCUUCGCGGCUCCACGCGUGACGUCGGGUGGGUGCUGGCCUCCGCCCGGCUCCCAGCAGGCUCUCCGUGGAGGCCCAGACCCCUCUGCUCCCCAUGGGCAGCUGCCAGGCAGGGCACAACCUGCAUCUCUGUCUGGCCCAUCACCCACCUCUGGUCUGUGCUACUUUGAUCUUGCUGCUUCUUGGCCUUUCAGGCCUGGGCCUUGGUGGCUUCCUCCUCACUCACAGGACUGGCCUACGCAGCCCUGACAUCCCACAGGACUGGGUCUCCUUCUUGAGAUCUUUUGGCCAGCUGACCCUGUGUCCCGUGACUGGGACAGUUACAGGGAAGUGGCAUGGGUCUCAUAUCGUGGGCUUGCUGACCACCUUGAACUUUGGAGAUGGUCCAGACAGGAACAAGACCCAGACAUUCCAAGCCACGGUCCUCGGUAGUCAGAUGGGAUUGAAAGGGCCUUCUGCAGGAGAGCUGGUCCUCAUUACAGCCAGGGUGACUACAGAAAGGACCCCAGGAACCUGCCUGUACUUCAGUGCUGCUCCAGGACUCCUGCCCUCCAGCCAGCCACCCAUAUCCUGCUCAGAGGAGGGAGCAGGAAAUGCCACCCUGAGCCCUAGGAUGGCUGAGGAGUGUGUCAAGGUCUGGAGCCAGGAAGGCCUUGCACUCACCAAACUGCUCACUUCGGAGGAGCUGGCUCUGUGUGGCUCCAGGCUGCUGGUUUUGGGCUCCUUCCUGCUUCUCUUCUGUGGCCUUCUCUGCUUUCUCACUGCUUUGUGCUUCCACCCGCGCCGGGAGUCCUACUGGUCUAGAACUCGGCUCUGAGGACACUGGCCUAGUUCCUGUCUUGUUCUCAGGUGUGAAUCAGUUUCUGGGCCUUGUUUCUGAGUUUGAAGAGAUGUUACCAAAAGUGGAGAGCUGGAAUGUGGGGGGAAAUAAAAGGCUUUUCAUGCCCAA